UUUGCCAUGGGCUGCUGGAAGAAUAAGAAAAGCAAUACCUGGACUUUUCCCACCCUGAUCCUCUGCCUCUAUGGAUUCUUCUACAUGAUGAAGCCAUCAGAACCUUUUCUAACCCCUUACCUAACUGGACCAGAUAAAAACUUGACAAUAGAUGAGGUUACCAACCAGGUUUUCCCAGUUUGGACAUACUCCUACCUCGCGCUCCUUGUCCCCGUCUUCCUGAUUACUGACUACGUGCGCUACAAGCCCAUCCUCCUCCUCCAGGGCGUCAGCUUCAUUGUCACGUGGCUCCUGCUCCUCUUUGCACAGGGGCUGGUGGCCAUGCAGGUGAUGGAAUUCUCCUACGGGAUGGUGACAGCCACCGAGGUUGCCUACUACGCCUACAUCUACAGCGUCGUCAGCGCUGAUCGCUAUCAGAGAGUGACGAGCUAUUGCAGGAGUAUCACUCUCGUUGCAGCCACCCUUGCUGCUGUGCUGGGACAGCUCCUGGUUUCCUUAGCAGACGUAUCCUACUUUCACCUCAAUGCCAUUACUCUGGCUUCCGUGUCCCUGGCCUUUGUGUGCUCCUUUCUCCUCCCAGUGCCUCAAAAGAGCAUGUUCUUCCAUAGGAAAGGCCCCUCAGAAACCCUCCCACAACCAGACAAAGCUGUGGCUGGGCUCAGUUCCAACACGUCAUUGAGCUGCCAAGCGGACAAGGACUGCGCAGCUGCUGACACGGGAGCGACUCCAGCACAGCAGGCUCAGCAGCCCGAGCCCCAGCACCACGUGCUGAGAGUACUGGUGCGGCUGGGCAAGGACCUGAAGGAUUGCUACAGCUCUCGGAAGCUGCUUUACUGGUCCCUGUGGUGGGCUUUGGCUACGGCAGGCUUUAACCAAGUUGUCAACUACAUCCAAGUGCUGUGGGACUUCCGAGCCCCAUCUCACAGCUCUGCAGUGUACAAUGGAGCUGUUGAAGCAGUGGCAACAUUCCUGAGCUCUGUAGCAUCUUUCAUGGUAGCAUACAUGAAAAUGAACUGGGACCUAUUUGGAGAACUGGCAUUAGGAAUCUUCUCCAUAAUGGAUGCUGUUUCUUUAUUUCUCAUGCACUUUACUACCAAUAUCUGGGUGUGCUAUGCCAGCUACCUAAUUUUCAAGGCAAGCUAUGUGCUCCUUAUAACAAUAGCAACGUUCCAGAUCGCAGUCAAUCUGAGCAUGGAGCGUUAUGCUUUGAUGUUUGGGCUGAAUAACUUCAUUGCACUGGUGAUUCAGACCAUCCUUACAGUAGUUGCUGUGGACUCAAGAGGCCUGGGACUGGACAUUGUGACUCAGUUUUUAAUUUAUGGCAGCUACUUUUCAGUCAUAGCUGGGAUUUUCUUGAUCAGAAGCAUUUGCAUGCUUGUCUCAAGAAAGUGCAACAGGAAAACAGUGAGAUUGUGGGAAGAGCCUCAGAACCCCACUGAACAUGAAUCAAAAGAGCAGACUGUAACUGGCUGUGCGACACGGCUGUAA